AAACAAAGAACAAUAGAGUGGCAAUCCUCAACGACUCAAGGAAGCUCCACGCGCGACAUCUACUGUCAAAAUUUAUUGCAGCGCCCUCUAGUCUACAAUUUAAAUUUAAAUAUUGAAGUUCAAUCGGACAAUCAUUUAGCACCUAGCGGAUAAAACAAACACUACAAUCAUCAUCGACCACAAAAAAAAUGUAUCUUAGGUAUUCUACAGUUUCUGUUCGAAGUUUCUGCAAAGACGUCCAUUGUCGUUCACGACUGUCUAUGACGUAACGAAAGAGUACGAAACAAGAAUAAUUUUUCAGUAGCCAUUUUGUAAUCGUCUUAAAGUAUCACAAGUAUACCAUCGUCGAUCGAGCUGGACAUCAAGGCAAACAAGGAGUAGGGUGUCAUGGAGUCAAGACGGUAUGAACGUGGUGGCAGGUCGAAUUGUGAUUCUCCGCCUAUACCACCGUCACCUCCUCCAUAUAGUCCACAUUCAAGGACAUGUGAAUCUUCACAGAAGAGCAAAUCACGACGAUCACCGUCUUAUACAGAUUAUAGAGGUUGCCGAUCAUCACACAGAGAUUCUUCCCAAGAAAGACGACGAAAACGACGCAAACGAUCACGAUCUAGUGAAAGAUCCAGAAAGUAUUCUCGUCGACGCAGAUCUAGAUCAGAUUCACGAGGCAGAUCAAGAUCAAGAAAUCGUCGACGUAGUUAUACUCCUCAUCGUAGUACCAGUCGAAGUAUAAGCAGAAGUCGUACACAUAGUUAUAGUCGAAGUCGCAGUCGUAGUCACAGUCGCAGUAAAAGUCGUAGUGGUCGAAAUAGAAGUCGUGAAAAACGUCGUGAUCGUGGCAGACAUUAUCGUACACCUUCUCAUGAUUCUGAUACAGCUGAAGGAUUAGAUCGUCAAAGUGUUCCAAACAUACCACCUACUCCAGUGCAAUCAAAUGCUUUCAAAAAUGAUGGUAGUUUUAUGGAAAUGUUUAAAAAAAUGCAAGAACAAAUGCAACCUAAAGAAAAACCAGCUACAUCAGUACUUGAAGAAAAGCCUGUUGUUCCACCUCCUCUAAUGGUUGGCAAAAGACGUGGUGGACGAAUUUUGAAAACUGGAAUGGUAGCAAAACCCAAAACUGGUCAAGUUGUUGAACAACCAAAAGACGCUUGGUCACUUUAUAUGGCGGAAGUUAAAAAAUAUCGUGAAGUUUGUUGUCAAGAAGAAGACAAUACACGACCAUUAGUGAAAUAACUCCAUUAUUUUUAUGAGUUUAGCUUUUUUUUUAUUGUAAAAAUUAUAUAAAUUGUAUUAUUUAAAUAAUUUUAUCGGUAUUACUAAGAAUGUAAUCAAAAUACAUUCUAAUUUUAUAUGUUAAUUAAUUGCUUGUCUGUUGAGAAGAUGGCUAUUUUCGAGUAUAAACAGUUUGAUUUAUAUAAUUUUUAUUAUAAUAAGAGAAUAUGAAAAAGAGCGAGAGACAAAUGUAAAAAAAUUAACGUCAAACGAUGUUAUUAGUUAAUGAUGAAUUUAAGAGUAUAGUUAAUAGCAUGAAUGUAAGAUAUAAAAAAUAAUAAUAACUUGUU